AUGACCGUCGCAACCCAGAAAGUAAACGAUAACUCCAACGGGAUGAUUGAUAUAAUUGAAGGGAAUGCGGAGUGUGCAUCGAUAGCUGUUAUUUUCGCUAGAGGCACAUUUGACUCUGGCAAUAUUGGCGUGUGGGUUGGCCCUCAAUUUUUCGAAGAACUAUCCUCCCGCGUGCCUUCUGCCGCGUUGCAAGGUGUCGAUCCAGAUGCAUAUAAAGCGGAUUUAUAUGGCUAUCUGUCCGAGGGUGGUAGUGAUGAUGGUGCUGUAUCGCUUGCUUCGACUGUCAAUGACUACAAUUCUAAAUGCCCUGAUAGUGUAAUCGUUAUAUCUGGCUGGAGUCAAGGCGCUCUUGUUGCACACAAAGCUCUUGAGCAAAUAUCAUCCACAGCCCUCGACAAGACAGCUGCCCUUGUAACAUUCGGAGACCCCAAUGGCGUAUGGAACAAUACCGCUCUUCCAGAAUCUAUUCCUAGUAGCAGCUUUUCCACCUCUUGUGUCACUGGAACUAUAUUUGAUCCACUUUGCGCCCAAAUACCGAGUGACUUCAAGUUCCCAACUUCUCUUUCCGACAUUGUUGGUCCAUUUGCAUCAUUACCAAACGUUGCAGUGGGUAUCCAACAAGCAGAAGCAGCGGCAAACUUGGCUAUAAAGUUUCCUGCCGAAUUGGCGGCCAGCUGGGAGGCAUUUGUGUCAAACUUGACUCCUCAACAGUUCGUUCGGUUAAUGCUCACACCCCAGCACUUUACCUACGGGAAUAACGGAAUGGCAAGCCAGGCUGCGGAUUUUGUCGCUGGCCUUGCUCCUGUGCAGAAUUCUCAAUGA